GACGAGAUAUUAUUAGAGAUCGUCAACCCUAGGCAAAUUUUCGGCGGUAUAAAAAGGGCCUGGAUGGCCAGGAGGACGUGAAUUCCCGUAAGAAUGUCGGUCUUUAAUAGUAUCUUGUCGGUGGACUGAUCAAUGAUCAACGACGUCAGAUCCAAACCAUAUUAUCGUUGGUCAUCGUUGCACGUGCCAAUCAGUGCCAACGUGCACGCCUUGUUUGAAAUUCGUGGCGGUGAGAAGUGAGGUUAAAAAUCUAUUAAUUUGGGACACCAGGAAAUUCGAAGGGACUAUCAUGGAAAUCGAGUCUACGAAGAAGAAUCGUCUUAAAACGAAAUCGAAAGAUAAAGCUAUGAGCACGAAUAAGGACCAUAAGGAUGAAACUCAGAUACAAAUACGUUUUAUAACUAAGCAGCAGCAAUUUGCGGUACCAGAUUAUCCCUUAUCGGUCCAUAGCUCGAUAAUCACCGACGAAUUAAACACCCUGAUAAAUGAACUUCUGAGGGAGUCGAAUAAUAUCCAAGAGCAAGUGGAGUUUGAUUUCCUGAUAUGUUCCCAGUUUUUACGUAACUCUUUGAUAGAACACAUCACUGAUAGAGAAAUUUCUACAGAGGAUGUGAUAGAUGUAGAGUAUGUGGAAAAGCAUCCUUCACCAGAGCCAAAGGAUUGCCUAAUACAUGAUGAUUGGGUAUCAGCUGUUGCUGUUUGUGGAAAAUGGAUCCUAACUGGUUCUUAUGACAAUAUGUUACACAUUUGGACAUUGAAAGGCAAGCAUCAUCUUGUGAUUCCUGGACAUGUAUCUCCUGUCAGGGCAGUAGCUUGGAUAUCUUUCAAUGACGAUAAUGCUUCCUUCGUUAGCGCAUCAAUGGACCAGACAUGUAUGAUAUGGAAUUGGGAUAUAACGAAGAAUUCUGUGGAAUGUGUAUAUAUCUGCAAAGGACACAGAAGAAGUAUUGAAGCAGUCAGCAUUAAUUACGAUAAAACGUUAAUGGCAACUGGUGCUUGGGAUAAUAUGCUAUAUAUUUGGUCAACAUCUACACAUGAGGAUGACAAUGAUGGAGAAUCCGCGUCGAAAAGAGCAAGAUCGGAAUAUGCGAAUAAAACGAAGACGCCGAAAUGCGCGAUGAAAGGACACAAGCAAGCGAUCAGCGGGAUCGUGUGGUCUGACAAAACGGAAAUCAUUACAGGUUCAUGGGAUCACACUAUAAAAACUUGGGAUACCGAAUUAAACGGCAUUAAACAAGAAAUAUAUGGUGACAAGUGUUUCUUUGACAUUGAUUAUUCACCAUUGUCGCGUGUCGUGAUAGCAGGAUCAGCCGACCAACAUGUGAGACUGUAUGAUCCGAGGUCUACAGAAGGUACAAUUGUGAAAGCUAGAUUUACUUCUCACACGCAAUGGGUGACGUCAGUACGCUGGUCGACCAUAGACGAACAUCUAUUUAUUUCAGGAGCAUAUGACAAUAUCGUUAAGCUCUGGGACACGAGAAGCCCCAAGGCACCGCUGUUUGAUCUCCUAGGACACGAAGACAAAGUCCUCAGCUGCGAUUGGUCCAAUCCUAAAUUGAUAAUGUCCGGUGGUGCAGACAAUACACUGAGGAUAUUCAAAUCCAACCACGUAGAACGUUAAUUACAAAUAUGUGGAUUACAAAAAUAGAAUUUGUUAUAAAAUAUUGUUCGCUAAACAAAACAAUCUUUUCCCGUUUCAUAAGAUAAAUUUGUCAUAUUGAUAGUUAAUAAAAUUUAAAUUAGAAAAUUAACAAAAAUAGAUUAUUAUGCAAAAGGCGUCUCAAUCACUUUUUGCGAUGACAUGAUAAUUUUUAUCCUUCACGUUUGAGAAUCUUUUUUUUUACACUAAAUGAUGUGUUUUUUUAUAUCAUUGGAAAUAAAAAUAUAUUGACGAGUCCAUCGAGAAAUCGACUUUAUAUUCAAUCAUAUAAUAUCGUAUGUGAAGAAUGUAAAGCCCUGAUCGAUGGUACGAAUAUAACAAUCCAUUUCUUGUAAUAAUAAAAAAAAUAAAAUUGGAAAUAUUAACAGAUUAAUACUAAAGAAUCUUAACGAAAACGUGCUUCUUUUUUUCUCGAAUUAAUAGCUGCUCUCUCCUUUCCUCUCUUCCUGAAUUUCUUUCUUCAAGAAUUAUGUACGCCAGAUGGGUGAAGUAAGAGUCGUGUCGCUCGGCAUAAAUCCCCAAAAACAGAUCGUUUAUUGAUCAAAAAUAAGGGAUGAUAAUCGUGACGAAUCCGGGAACUCGCUCUUCCCGCGCUUCGCGAAUUAUUUAAUUAUUUACCAAACCGUUUCUUCAUUACUCGUAAGUAAUUCUAAAAAGACCACCGAUUCAAGUGCACGCCCCUAUAGUAGAGACAUACAUAGGGUGUUAUGCGGUAAUAAUACAGGAGCAGCGGAGAGCUUGCAUGCUCUCCGCAAUAGCGCACGCACAUUUUUUCCCUCUUUUUUUCUUUCUGUACAACUGUGUGUUUUUUGUAUGUGUGUAUGUCUGUAUGUAUUCCUUAUAAGCGUGUGCUGUGUGUAAAAUAGGUAGAUGACGGUUCUUCGAGAGUACACGUUAUCUUCUUUUUUUUCUUCUUCGAAGUUACGCACACACCUACGUACACACAUGCGCACACUCUCUUCCUCUCAUUCGUACACUUUCGUCGGCCCCUCUCUUUUCUAUCUCUCUCUCUUUCUCGUCGCACGAUUGUUUUUUUAAUCCUUUUUCCUUUUUUUUUCUUUUUUUUUUCCAUUUGUGUUUGCCUGUUUAUUUCUCGAAGAUCCUAUCUAAAAAAACCCCCACAUUACUAUCUUUCUCUCGUUUUCUCUCUCUCUCUCUCUCUCUCUCUCUCGUUCUCUCUCUCGCUCUCUCACACACAAAGACUAGCGUUUUUUUUAAACGAUCCAAAAUAAACUAAGGGCACUUUUUAGUGGCUUAUGCCCCUUGUGUCGUCAACGUCACGUGUGUUGCGUUCCUUAUUUUUUUUUCUUUACGUUCCUCUUAUCUCGAGCUUUUUCAUUCAUUUUUUUUUAAUUUUUUAAAUUUACUUUAUUCAUGAAAAAUCUAAUUCUGACUUGUUUCUUGUGUUAAACUUUGUUUUAUUACAGCACCUAUUCGACUUCCUAAGAGUCUCCCUAGAUCUCUUAACUAACUAUGACACAACUUGCCUUAACGUCUAAAAAUUUUUUCUUCACAUUACAUACUAAACGCCUUCUUUUCACCUCUGCCUUAAAAAGUACUCUCGAAAUUCUACAAAUUGAUCCUCGCGCGCGGAUUUAAAAAGAGACCUCAGCGUCCGACGACAUCGUUCCCCCUUGUUUCUUUUGCUCUUAUCUCUUUCUCUCUCGUUGAUCUUGGAAAGAUAAGCAAUACGCACGGGGUACGUGUCUCUCGUUCCGUCGUAGAAUUAUAUUACAAAUUCCGCUUCCUUCGUCGGUUCGUUUGCCGUCGAACACGAAGGACGAGCAGAGUACAAAUGCAAAAAGAAAGGAGGGACGGGGAGGGCACGGAGAUGCAUCGGAGGAGGAAGAGAAGGAAGUGGUGGAGGAAGAAACUCAAGAUGUCUCGAGUAAUUACUGCUAAGUCGCUUAACAAACACGUGUAAAACAAUGACUUAAAAACUUGGAAAGCUAAGGACUGUACAAGUCGAAGUACAAGACGAUGAUCUAGUGUCACCUCGGACCUCGUUUUAUCGCUUUAUCGCUAAUUCACUCUUUCUCUCUUUCUCUCUAUCUCAUACAUGCUAACAUACAUAUUCGUUUUCAUUCUCUUAAGCCGAUUUCGACUAACGUUAUUUUAUUCUUAAAAACAUUCUAUAUUUUUUACGCCUCGCUUCUCGUUCAAUCAGUUUUUCGCUCCCUCUCUCGUCUCCUUUUCUACAAUCAGCCUAUCAACUACAAUACGCCUAAUCUAAAGAGUGUCUACGCGCGAAAAACUCUAGAGAAAGCUUUACGGAAAGCAGCAUUGUCUGCAACGGCAAGAACCGUUUUCCUGCCUGAAACUUGUUGGCGGCCGGGCUGCGAAGGCUCGACAGUUCUCGCGGUGAAAAGUUCUUAGUUGUUAGAGGCAAAGAAUCGUAUAGGAAAAAAAA